AUGGCUGCCCGCUCGCUUCUUGCCGCUGCCCUCUUGGGCACUGCCGUCUUCGCCGUCCCCAUUGAGGAGCGACAGGCCUGCGCAUCUGUCUGGUCCCAGUGCGGUGGUCAAAACUGGGCCGGCCCCUUCUGCUGCGUUGCCGGCAGCACUUGUGUCGUCGGUAACCCGUUCUACAGCCAGUGUCUCCCAGGCAGCGCCGCUCCCUCGUCCAGCUCCGCCGUCGCCUCGUCGACGACCGUCCGCUCGAGCUCCACCCCCGUCGUCAGCCCGUCUCGCACCUCGACGACCGGGGGCCCCGGCCCCGUCACGACCACCGCCUCCACAUCCGUCGGCACUGGUCCCAGCACCACUCGCCCUCCCGUCUCCGGCGGUGCCACCUACACCGGCAACCCCUUCGUCGGCGUCGACCUCUGGGCCAACUCCUACUACGCCUCCGAGAUCAGCACUCUGGCCAUCCCGUCCCUGAGCCCUGCCCUGGCCACUGCCGCCGCUAAGGUCGCCAAGGUGCCGACCUUCAUGUGGAUGGAUACCCGCGCCAAGGUCCCCUUGGUCGACAGCACUCUGGCCGACAUCCGCCGUGCCAACCAGGCUGGUGGCAACUACGCCGGUGAGUUCGUCGUCUACGACCUCCCCGACCGCGACUGCGCCGCCGCCGCCUCCAACGGCGAGUUCGCCAUCGCCGACGGCGGUGUUGCCAAGUACAAGGAGUACAUCGACGCCAUCCGCGCCAUGAUCAUCAAGUACUCCGACAUUCGCAUCCUCCUCGUCAUUGAACCCGACUCCCUGGCCAACCUCGUCACCAACUUGAACGUUCCCAAGUGCGCUGGUGCCCAGGCUGCUUACCUCGAGUGCACCAACUACGCCGUGACCCAGCUCAACCUCCCCAACGUCGCCAUGUACCUCGACGCCGGCCACGCAGGAUGGCUCGGCUGGACGGCAAACCUGGGACCUUCCGCUCAGAUGUAUGCCAAGGUCUUCAAGGAUGCCGGCCGCCCCAAGGCUCUUCGCGGUCUCGUUACCAACGUGUCCAACUACAACGCCUGGAGCCUCAGCUCUCCUCCUUCUUACACCCAAGGCAACUCCAACUUCGACGAGAAGCGCUACAUCGAGGCCCUCGCUCCCCUCCUCUCCGCACAGGGCUGGGACGCCCAGUUCAUCGUCGACCAGGGCCGCUCCGGCAAGCAGCCGACCGGCCAGGAGGCGUGGGGUGACUGGUGCAACGCCAUCGGCACCGGCUUCGGCCCGCGGCCGUCCACCAACACGGGCUCGUCGCUCGUCGACGCCUUCGUCUGGGUCAAGCCCGGCGGCGAGAGCGACGGCACCUCGAACACCUCGGCAGUCCGCUACGACCACAACUGCGGCAAGAACGACGCCCUCAAGCCCGCCCCCGAGGCCGGCACGUGGUUCCAGGCCUACUUUGAGCAGCUGCUCAAGAACGCCAACCCGGCCUUCUAA